CAUAGCAACCGUUCUGUUGAUAGCAACCGUUCUGUUGAUAAACACCUCCAGACGGUUGACGUUAGCUCAACCAGUUAGCGCGAUGAACGUUGAACCAGAACGAGAGUCCGUCGUCAGGACAAGCGACGUCUAUAAAGUGGCGGACAAUCUACCAGAGCGGUUCAACAAUCCCCACUGUUUCCACGGUUACAGCCAGAAGAGCUCCAAUCCGCUCUACCAGACAUCCAACCAGGUGUACGGGAGCAAGAGACCCACUGUACACGAGAUGCCUACUCACUUCAACGGGACGUCGCGGCAGUUCUCUGAGGAGAAACUACGAAGCGGGAUGUUCCGGGAAAAUGGCUUCAACACUUUCUUGGAUAAAAACAGAAUCUCUGGGAAGGAUGCCACGACGACUCUGCAAAAUAGAAUCAGCUUCAACCACUGCUAUCUCCAUGGCAACUAGCACAGCAACUGCUGGCUGCACCAUGGUACUCAGUGGAGCCCGAGGCGGCUGUUGAAGUCAACGUGGUGAAACAUCUCCUCCCUCAAACAGACAUGUUCUCCUGUUUGCUGACAGAUCUGUGUCUGUGUUUUUCUACCACUGGCCGUUAAACCAACGAUGGUCCACCCAUGUGUCCGUCUGUCGAUAUAAAUAGUAUAUU